GCAUCAGUUGAUUCGAAUUUUACCGCUUUGGCCUAGUUGGAAUCGAAUUCGCGAAGCAGUUAGCAGUGCAUUAGACAUUAAUAAUUACCACUGGUGUAGGUGCUGCAGCGCUGGUUGGUGGACGGGAGCGAACGAUUUGAUAUUGCAAAACGCUUCGGAACCAUUCCGGUUCAUCGAAGGUGGUAAAGGUUCAAGUUGGGGCAGCAUUAGUCAGUAGCAACCGUUCGAGAAACGACGCGAAAAAAAUCCAAUCGACUGGGUUCGACUCGCUGGACAUCAAAUCGCGUGUCAGUGGGAAGGGUAGACAGCAGUGAGAGCAGCCAGUUUGUGCGGAGUUGUAGUUUUAAUUCAAACGUUGAUCCGUUCGGUAGCUUUGUUGUGAUCGUGCGCUGGUUGACCGUUCCUGACUCGUAGUGUCGUCGAAGCAGAAGCUCGGGAGGUGAUAGACAUCUUACCUGGGGGCGGUAAUGAUAGUGAUCGGUUACUCUGUGAUUCAUGAUUGAAUUGAGCAACAAGUGACGGAAGAGGCAGCCUUCAACAACAAAGAUGAAAAAGAUGAAGAAUCCACGAUUGUGGGUCGGCAUGAAGCCAAUCAAAGCGAAACUGGACACGGCGAAGUUUAUGUUUUUCUACGGAUCCAAAUUCGAAGACCAUGAAGUGUUCGACCUGAGCCGGGCGGAGGAUAUUAUCCAGCACCCACGAUUUGAUCGAACGAAGAAAACGGUCAUGUACUUCCACGGAUAUAUCGAAUCGCCGGAGGUCGAGAGCGUUCACGUGAUCGUCGAUGCAUACCAAAAGCGAAAUGAUCACAACGUGAUUAUUCUGGAUUGGACACAACUGGUCGACGGAAAUUACCUGCUCGAAGCUGUGCCGAACUGUAAAAAGUUUGGAUACAAGCUCGGAUCCAUCAUACUGGCGAUGAUCAACUCCGGAUUAGACGUUGAUAAACUACAUCUCGUGGGACAUUCGCUUGGAGGUCAGCUGGCUGGAUUUGCUGGUAGAACUGUGAUAUCGCUUUCUGAUAAGAAGAUUAAGCUUAAGAGAAUUUCAGCUUUAGAUCCAGCCUUCCCACCAUUUUAUCCGGGUGUGUUAGUGGCACAUUUGAGCGAAAAAGAUGCAGAAUUUGUGGAUGUUAUCCAUACGGACGCUUGGUUGUACGGAGCUCCAGUUAGUACUGGUACGGCCGACUUUUGGCCCAACAACGGCAAAACAUUGCAGCCUGGCUGUCCCAAAAGGAAUUACAAACCAUUGACGGACAACGACCUCUGCAGUCACCGGCGGUCAUGGUGGUUCUGGGCGGAAAGCGUGGCCGAAGGAUCAAAUCCUUGCUUCCAUUCGAUCCGAUGCAAAUCCUGGAGCGACUUCAAAGAGGGCAAGGUGGAUCGGUCUGGUCAAAUUGUACAUAUGGGAAUCGACUGCAGUCCAGAGGCCAAAGGAGAUUACUAUUUGCAGACGAACGGAAGUCCUCCGUACUCCAAAGGAGUGGCUGGAGCGAAAUACGAAUAGCAUAGCCGUGUUUUGAAUAGCAUUACCAAUUUUAGACUAGUACAAAUUGUAUUUAAUAAAUAUUUUGGAAUCAUAUACAAA